AUGGCUCCCAAUACAUCCCCAGAUAGCAUCACUGCAGCUCCACCUGCGGACAUUGAGCUGGUACUAACUCAACCUCCAAAGAAGGACCAGAAUCCGUUUCUAGUCACUUUCGACGAACCAUAUGACCCAGAAAACCCGAAAGACUGGCCAACGGGCCGCAAAUGGGCUGUAACUGACGUGCUUUCCGCCACGGGCUUCAACCGUAUCAUGGUCUCAACCAUCAUGGCUCCUGCCCUUUCGACAAUUGCGAAGGAAUUCGACAUGAAUUCUGCUGAAUCGGCCAUGGCGCUUUCGAUUUAUCUUUUAGCAACGGCGUUUGGCCCACUGGUUAUGGGACCUUUAUCUGAGGUGUAUGGCAGGAAACGUAUUUUGCAUGCCUCGAACAUCUGGUUCCUGGUUUGGAACGUUGCUUGCGGAUUUGCGAAUAGCAAAGAACUGCUCAUUGCUGCUCGGUUCUUGGCGGGAUUUGGUGCCAGUGCUAUCUAUGCGUUGGCGAGUGGUCUGCUCGGAGAUGUAUGGCGGCCUGAGCAACGCGGUCAGUCGCUUGCUAUUUACCUGCUAAUUCCUCUGUUGGGUGCCGCUGUUGGACCGAUUAUCGGUGGUUUUAUGGCAGCCCGCACCUCCUGGCGAUGGAUGUUCUGGGCCACUUCGAUCUUCCAAGCCGUCAUGAUUUUAGUCUCCUUCUCUGCUUUCCGUGAGACAUACUCGCCACUUAUUCUGCGCCGUCGAGCCGAGCGGCUUCGACGUGAAUCCGGAAACCAACAGUACUACACUAUUGACGAGCGUCUACCAAGCAAUCACUCAAUCUUUGCCGUCCUAGUUCGUGCUCUUAUUAGACCGUUUCGACUUCUUGCCUUUCACCCGAUUAUCCAAGUGACGGGACUUAUCUCCGCUUUUUAUUACGGAAUCCUAUACAUUGUUCUGUCGACCUUCUCCGACUUAUGGGUCAAGCAAUAUAAUGAAUCUGUGGAGAUUAGCGGUCUACACUACAUUGCCUGCGCCCUGGGCGAGAUAGCAGGCAGUCAAAUCGGCGCACGGCUAAUGGAUUUCAUGUUCCGUCGCUUCACAACCCGCACAGGAGGAGAACAUUCACCGGAGUUCCGCAUUCCGUUAAUCAUCCCAGGCGCCUUGCUUGGACCGAUAGGACUGUUUAUAUACGGCUGGUCCGCACAAUAUCACUUGCACUGGGCUGUCGUGGACUUUGGAAUUCUUAUCACGCUGCUUGGGAUGCAGAUUAAUGGCAUGCCCCUACAGGUAUAUGUGAUAGAGGCAUACCCGGAGCAUACGAGCAGUGCGGCAGCUGCAAGUCAGUUCCUGCGCAGUCUAACUGCUUUCUCGUUCCCGUUGUUUGCGCCGAGAAUGUACCAAGCUCUUGGGUACGGCUGGGGAAAUAGCACAAUUGCGCUUAUUGGGCUCGUGGUUGGAGUACCUGCUCCGUUGGCACUGUGGAUGUUUGGAAAGAAACUCAGGGAAAAUGCUCGACCUAUAAAUUGA